GGGAAACCUGACAAGCCGCAUGGCUGCGGGUUGUUCAGAGGCUCCGCCGCCAAAGGCGGCCCCUGAGGGGCCGGUGGUGGGACAGGCCGGCGUCUUGCCUUGCCUGGAGCUGCCGACUUAUGCUGCCGCUUGUGCGCUGGUGAGUAGCCGGUACUCUUGCCUGGUGGCGGGCCCGCACCGAAGACACAUCGCCCUGUCGCCGCGCUACCUUAACCGGAAACGCACCGGUAUCCGGGAACAGCUAGAUGCGGAGCUCCUGCGCUAUUCCGAGAGCCUUUUAGGUGUCCCCAUUGCAUAUGACAACAUCAAAGUAGUGGGUGAACUGGGAGAUAUUUAUGAUGAUCAAGGACACAUUCAUCUUAACAUCGAAGCAGAUUUUAUUAUUUUCUGUCCUGAACCGGGACAAAAGCUUAUGGGUACGGUUAAUAAAGUGUCCUCCAGCCACAUUGGCUGUUUAGUACAUGGGUGUUUCAAUGCCUCCAUCCCUAAACCUGAGCAUAUGCCUGCUGAACAGUGGCAGAAUCUGGAGAUAAACGUGGGUGAUGAACUAGAAUUUGAAGUAUUCCGUUUGGACUCAGAUGCUGCCGGAGUAUUCUGCAUUCGGGGAAAAUUAAAUAUCACUAGUUUACAGACCAAGUGCUCUGGAGUUUCUGAAGAAAGAACAGAAGCUGGCCCUGAAGAAAUUAUUGAAAAACCUCUCAAGAAGAAAAAGAAAAAAAAGAAAGACCCAGAGUCAUAUGAAGUGGAAAGUGGUAAUAGAGAGUUAGCAGAUUAUGCAGAUGCCACAAUGAACAAAGAGACAGACCUGCAGAUUGAUAAUGACCUCUGGAAGGAUGAACCAAAGAAGAAGAAGAAGAAAAAGCACCAGGAAGAUCAGGACCAGGAUCCUGUUUUCCAAGGCAGUGACUCCAGUGGUUACCAGAGUGACCAUAAAAAGAAAAAAAAGAAAAGAAAACACAGUGAGGAAGUUGAAUUUACCCCACUUUUGGAACACUCACCUAAAAAGAAAAGGGAAAAGUAAUUUUCUUUAAUGCAUUUUAAAUAUUCAGCUUUUUAAAGAUUUAGAUAAAAGAUGGAUAAAUGUGGGAAUAGUAUGAAAUGCUGGUGUAUUCCUGUAGACUACAAAACAGGAAACAUUUGAUUAGGAGUUUUUGGUGCUUAAAUUAUUAAUGUGAUCAUUACUGUGGGAAACACCAAUAUUAUUAAACACCUUUUUAUUUUGUAUACAAUAAAAUGGCUAAGAGUUACUCUUUCAAGUCUUAACAUUUUCCCAGUUUUUACAUUUCAAAUAAAAUUAUUUCUGUACUCUGAAAACUGGCAAAAGGACUUUGUAAUAUAGUGUUAUUCAUAUCAUUUAAGAAUGAGUUGGAGCUUUUUUUUUUUUAAUGGGUUUGAUCUUUAGUCAUGAUUUUUAGAUUUGGGGGGGGAGCGGGUCAUGGCUGCUACCGUGUUUCUGGGCUCAAGUUAGAAUGGUUUGCCAAAGGAGUUCCUGAAGUCUCCAGAGCUCUUAAGAACCAUGCCACUAUUAACAGUUGACUAUUCUUGCCUUCCAGAUGGAGGGAGGUUGAUAGAGAAGGCUGUUUCCUUAUACUAUUCUGCUUUUGCUGUGUUUGGAGCAGUAGAGUCUGAUUAAGACAUGAUAAAUGCUAUUUGUCCUAGUGGGAAUUUCUCAACUACUUAAUGAUUAAGACAAAAUUUCAUUGAGAAGAUGUGGACUUUUUUUUUUAAACUACUAGGAAACACUGAGUAAUGAAAUGACAAGCUGUUUCAAGCUAAUAAUCAAAGCAUGGCCACAUUCAUUGAAUUAACAGUACCUGACCAUAUGGCUGUGUGUAACACAUCUAAGGAAAGAUGUGGUUCCUUCCAUUAUGGAGUGUCAGAGGAGAUACAGAUACGCACACAUACGUGAGUAAAUACAGAGAAUUAGUAAUUCUGAUAAAUACUAACAACAAGACUGUCUACUCACUGUUAGCUGUGUUAAUAUCUGUAAGAGGAUGGGUAGAUGAAAUGAACUUCACAUGGCUACUAUUCUGUUGCCUUUUUCUAAUAUCCGAUAUUGCACUGGUUUCACAUGGUUUAAUAUUUAAAUUCUGCUAGUAGUAUAUCUUGAUCCAAAUCUGUAAUGAUAGAAAAUAGAAUUUGGGGAGUAGUAUUCACAUGUUUGUCCCCAAGUAAAUUAGUAAGACCAAACAAUGCAAAGAUACAGACCAAUUUCUUUUCCUACCAUUUAAUGUGGUUAUUGAGCCCUUAAAAUAUGGCUAAUACAAAUUAACAUGAGCUAUCAGUAUAAAGUCCAAGAUUCUGAAGAUGUACAAAUAAUGUAAAAUAUCUCAAUUUUGUAUAUUGGUGAAAUUCUAUUUUUGGUGUAUAGUAUGUUAAAUAA